AAACCCGAAUCGCUCAGUACAAACUUGGCUGUGCCGUGAACAGUUUUAACGUGGGGAGAAUUUUAAAAUGACAGUAAUCGUAAAAUAACAAAAUAAAAAUGCUUAAAUAUCAGGUGACUAAGGUGUCAAUAUGAUAAUUUGUUUAUUUGCUUUCUUGCUCAUCAACACCGGAGUUUGCCAAGACGAUGAAGGGCCCUAUAAAGGAAAAUUUCUUGGAAAAUUAAAUUCCUAUCACCACCAAGUAUCCGGUGAAGUGUACGCUGUCGACAAGUACACUCUAUUGCUAACGUCGUUCAAUUAUGACGGAAAUGGCGCUGAUACUUUCUUUUGGGCUGGAGCAAGUAACAGACCCGGACCACAAGGCUUUAUAGUACCCGACGAGCACGGCCGGACAAAUGUUUUGGAUAGAUAUUUCAACAAAGAUUUUACACUACUGCUACCGGAAAAGAAAAAAAUUACCGAUUUAAAAUGGUUCGCAAUUUACGAUAUUUGGUCGCAAAAUACCUUCGGUGAUAUAUACAUUCCGGAAGAAUUCGAACCCCCGACAGUUCAAAAGUUGACUCAAUUGGCUGGCAAAUCCAAUGCGAUUACGACGAUCGGCGUAGAGAUCCUGGACGCUAAACGUAUUAAGCUGAUAGGCUUUACGUAUGAUGGAAAAGCAAAAAGAGCUUACUUCUGGGUCGGAGUAGGAGCACAGCCUGUUUCCAAAGGUUUCAAAGUUCCAGAUGAAUAUGGAUAUUUGGAUCCAUUGAAGGCGUACAAAAAUAAAACGCUCAUAUUGGAACUCCCUGGGGAUCUUACCAUUUUUAACGUCGACUGGUUUAGCAUUUUCGAUCACGAAACAAACCAAAAUCUUGGCUCCAUUAUAAUUCCCGAAGCCCUUAACGUACCCCCGUCGCUAAUAAAAGUGAUUCCUCAUAAGGGCGACCUACCAAAUUGUCUCCAACUCCAUAAAAAUUAUCAAGUGGCAUGGGAAAUAUUUGGACCACAAAUAACCAUUCAAUUGGCUGGUAUGGUUGACGAAGAUGAGUACUUGUCGUUUGGAAUUUCUGGUUCUUCAGAGCAAAGUCAAAUGCUCGGAGCAGAUAUCGCAGUGGCUUAUAUCCACGGGUAUCAAGGAUUCGCAACAGAUUACAAUAUAACAGCGUUAACUCCCUGUGUUAAAGUCCUCGGUCAAUACAAGGGGGUGUGUAAAGACGAAAUGGUAGGAGGACAAGAUAGUAACCAAAUAAACACAGCAGUUAGGGAAAAUGGAAUAAACACAAUCACAUACCGAAGGCAUUUAAUUUCACCUGACAAUGGUGAUAAAGAGUAUCCCACAGAAGGGUCGAUCUAUAUAGUGUGGGCAAUUGGCAAGCUAGAUGAAAACAGGGAACCUGCCUUCCAUGAUACAUACCCUAAAACCAAUAUUAGUAUUGAAUUAAAUGCUAAAGAACCACACAGAACUUGUUUUCCAUUCACAAGAUCGGAGCCAGAAGUAGGAGAAGCCUGGGCUAAAGGGCAAAUUUUUGACAAAUCGAUAAGGGUGUUUAAGUCCUACAUUGGACCAUCAGGGAGCAAGAAAGGUUACCAAGCUAUUACAGGUCAUACAUCUACUGCCCUGGCCUGGUACAUCAACGGUCUUUUGGCCCCUGAAAUAUGGUUAAGAAGGGGGUUGACAUACGUUUUUAAAGUAUACGGGGGUAAUAAUCCCCACAGCGCCGAAUACUAUCACCCUAUGAUCAUCACUGACGACCCACAUGGAGGUUAUGAUAAAUUAACGGACGAGGCUCAGUCCAAAAUUCGAGUUCUUGCCGGAGUAGAAUAUUCCAGAAGAGGUCGGCCGCGUCCCACCGCAGCUGGACCACUAUGCUUGUCAAAACACGCUGAAGGACGUGAUAGAAGAUUGGACGACGAUUUCGAAUCGUUUAAAAAGUUCAAUCGCACUUUAGUUUUCCAUUGCGAAUCUGGGGAUCCGGGCAUACUGGAAUUUACGCCGAAUACUACGUGGCCGGAUGUCGUCUAUUACAAUUCAUUCACACAGGCAAACAUGGGAUGGAAAAUUCGUGUCAUUGACAGUUUCAAUCAGCGUUCAACUGCUACAAUUCCCAGAAUUUCAACUUUAUAUUUUUUUGUGUUAUUUUUUGUUGAUCAAUUAAGAUAAU